AUGAACUUCAUUUUCAGAAAUGUCUUUAGUAAACAACAUUUGUGCUCUAAUUUCAACUAUGCAGCUCUUAACUGCAUUCAAAGGGCCAGGGGCCCCCUGCCGUUGGUUCCAUUACCCCAGCCACGUCACCUCCAUGUCGGGGAGCGGGCCUCUCUCACCAAGGCCUUCAGCGCCAGGGACGUGGCGGUCUUCGCCGAGCUCACCGGGGACGUAAACCCCAUUCACCUGGACCCGACCUAUGCCAAGACCACGUCGUUCGAGACGCCCAUCGUCCACGGCGUGCUGAUAAACGGACUGAUCUCGGCCAUUCUGGGGACCAAGAUGCCGGGGAGCGGCUGUAUUUUCCUGUACCAGGAAAUCAGGUUCCCGGCGCCUCUGUACAUCGGGGAGGAGGUUCUGGCUGAAGCCGAGGUGAAGAAGAUCAAGAUGUCCUUCGCCUUCAUCGCAGUGACCUGCUCCGUCAAAGAUAAAGUGGUCAUGGAGGGGGAGGUCAUGAUCAUGAUGCCAGAGGAUCAGCAACCAAGGGCGCGAUGAUGAUGAUGAUGAUGAUGACAGUUGGAGGGAAUAUUGUAGCCUCAAAUCCAGUCUCUUUGUGCUAACAUUCUACUCCUUGUCAUGCCAAACAGAGAAGGGGUGGAAUGUUAGCACAAACGGACUGGAUUUGAAGCUCGUUGGUGGAUAUAUUGUAGUCUCUCUUGACAUGACAGACUUGCGCUAACGUGAGAUUUGGUUCUGGCGGCAGGGAUUUAAAAGAUGUUGUGGUAAACCUGUACUUUUGUUUAACUGGCUUUUUGGAGAUCCUUUUAUGUUUGUAUGGCUUGAGUACCUGUGUGAUAGACAAUCUAUCCGUCUCACAUCCCUCUAGGAACAGCUCAGAGGUCGUGUCUGUUGUGGGACAACCUCUGAAGCAUCUUCUGACAAAUGCCUGCUAAAUCAGUGGCACUGGAAUGAUCCUUGUUUUGCUCAUAAUUUUCAAAUAAGUGUUACAUGGUCUUGUGCUCUUGUAUUACAAAUAAUUGCGUACAAUGUUCUUAGGUUAAAUGAUGAUUUAUUGAAUUUGAGGCUACUUUUGUUUGAUCAAAGAUCCUUCUUAGCUGUUUUGUAAAUAAAUUACAUAAUAAAGACCUAGGUCAGUGUAUAUAGGCACAUCUGAAUUACAAAUAAAUGUCAUCUAAGCAUUUU